AUGACUAAUAAUCUUUCAAUCUUCUGCAUCCUCGACGGACACACGGUUUCGUCUUCUUUUUCCGUGGAGGUUGCACUUGGUGCCACUGUCGAUAAGCUUAAAGAGUCCAUCAAGGCCACAAUGAGUGCCGGGCUUGAGGGUGUAGAUUCGAACACUCUUACCCUUUGGAAGGUCUCCAUACCCGUUACCAAAGAAGACAUGAACAAGGUCAUUUCUCUGGAAGAACUGACUGACAAAGAGGUUCUACUCCCAACCACUCCACUCAGAGUUGCUUUUGAAGGACUGAAGGAAGGCGAAUUUAUCCACAUAUUCGUUCAAUGUCCACCGAAAGGACCUUCUCAACUGAUGCUCAAGAUCUAUUUUCCGGAGAAGAAACAAAAGGUUUCCUGGACCACUAAUCAUACUACUGUCCUCCUCGAGGAGCUGAAGACCAUUGUCAUUAAUAACCAUGACGGCAUUGAUAUCGGAAAUAAACACCCGCCACCGACAAAGACCUGCGUAACAUCCUCUGCACCUAUUCCGAGAGGGGACUCGGAACGCUUUCCGUCCGUGUCCCAGACCAUAUUCAUCGUUCAGGUUCCAGGAGGUCUGCGAGCUUUCAACCCAGAAAAAAUUCCUCUUGAAGAAAUUUUCCCCGAGGAAGAGUCAUCAGAUAGAAAAUUGGAGGCUCUGGCUGGGCUUUACGAACAAUUGGCUACUUAUCAAGAGACAAAGCGGCCUCGAGAGUCUGAAGCAGAGGUGUCCAUUUGGGUCGGAGCCUUCCUCAGCCAUGCUCUAAAUGUAUACAAGGGUCAAUUAAUUUUAAGGGUGGAGAAAACAUUGGAGGGUCAACGAGGACGCGGUUCCAUUGACUUCGCAUUCGAAUCUCCAGACGACGCAUUACUUCUUGGCGUUAUUGAAGUAAAGCAUGAUGAUUGGCUACAAGGGUUAGCACAAAACUUGGUCCAGUUAGAAUCGUGUGCGGUGGCGCGCUUAGCAAAAUACCCCUCUUCAAGCUCGAACAUGAAGCGAUCAAUGUGCUAUGGGAUCAUCACGACCGGCGCCCGCUGGCAUUUCGUGAAAUGUUAUCUCGAGCCUCCGUCUGAAGUACUCAAGUUCCGAUACUCCGAUGCCCUAUAUUUUACCCUCGAAAGCGCAGAUUGGAAGGAUGAAGCAAGGAAUAUCCUCAUGCAUCUCCUCAAGAUGAUCGAGGAAAUGCUAAUCAUCGACAGCGAAAACAACAGAAGAAAUCUCACGCCAUCCAUUCGUUCCAAUGAUUCUCUAGUCUCAUCCAUACAAGUCAAAAAAAAGAAAAAUUUAUAA